CCGUUCGACCUCGACGAGUACAAGGCUGUGGUCAAGCUCCUGGUCACCUUCCUGGAGCCGGACUGGGUUAAUCCGUGGCAGACCAAGACCGCGCAGAGGAGCACGGGAUCCGGUGCGGUGAUCCGGCGCGACGCCGACGGCGGCGGCCUCAUCCUCACCGCCGCGCACGUCGUCGCCAACUCCACCUACAUCCAGGUCCAGCUCGCCAACUCCCCGGAUAAGGUUCCCGCGCGCGUCGUGUCGGUGCUGCACGAGGUUGACCUCGCGCUCGUCGCCGUCGACGAGGGUCUGGACGGCGUGGACCCGGUGCCGCUGCCGCAGGCCAAGGCGGUGCGUUUGCCCAAGCUGAGGGAGAAGGUGUACGUGCUCGGGUUCCCGGUGGGGGGGAACGACCUGAGCAUCACCGAGGGCGUGGUGUCCCGGGUGGAGGUUCAGUCCUACUCGCACUCGCACGCGAGGGCCCUCGCGGUGACGGUGGACGCCGCCAUCAACUCGGGGAACAGCGGCGGGCCCGUGCUGAGCCAGAGCACGGGCGGGCUGGUGGGCGUCGCGUUCCAGGGGUACGCCGGGAGCUCGGUGGAGAAUCAGGGUCACAUGGUCCCGGCGCCGGUCAUCGACAGGUUCCUGCGGGGCAUCGACGACGACGACGACGCCGAGGAGAAGCCGCCCCCUAACCUGCCCUCCCUCGGGGUGCACCUGCAGCUGCUGCAGUCCCCGUCGCUGAGGAAGUACCUCAAGAUGAAGGACACCGACACCGGGGUGAUGGUGACGCACGUGGAGCACGGGAGCAGCGCGGAGGGGUCGCUCAUCCCCGGGGACGUGCUCCUCGAGGUUGACGGCGUCAAGCUGGCCAACGACGGGAGCGCCGUGUUCCUGGGCCAGAGGCUGGCCAUGGUGGCCAUCCUCCAGGCGAGGUACGUGGGGGACGUGGUUCCCAUCCGUCUGCUCAGGGAGGGCGUGGAGAUGACCAUCGACGUGACGCUCAAGACACUGCACCAGCUCGUGCCCAGGGGUCAGUACGACGUGCGACCGCCGUUUGUGAUUGUCGGCGGCCUCCUGUUCCAGCCCCUCUCGCUCGAGUACCUGCAGAGCUGGGGCGGCGAUCUCAAGGACGCCCCCACGCACCUGGUGGAGCAGUACUACGACGGCAUCAGCGGGCCGGACAAGAAAGAGGUGGUGGUCCUGUCGCAGGUUCUGUCCGAUGAGGCCAACAUCGGCUUCACCUUCGACAGCGUCGGCCUGGACUACGUCAAGAGCGUCAAUGGGUCGCCGGUGGCGGACAUGCAUCGCUUCGUCGCCGCCGUCAAGAAAUCCAUCAAGGCGGGGGACGAGUUCAUCAGGCUGGAGGUGACGCGCGGGAACGUGCCCAACAUCGUGGUUCUGGAGACCUCCAAGCUCAAGCAGGCGGACGAGACUAUCAGGGACAGGUACCAGAUA